GUCAGCAGUGCGCUGCUUUUGGAGGGCUUGCGAGAGGAAGCGGAGCUGCACUGCACUUAUAGCGGGCCGGGCGCGUGCACGUUACAUCAACUCAUAUCAUCUCAUCUCAUCUCCGGCGUUCAGCUACACGAUAUUUGAUCGGAACAAGAUGCCCCUGGGUGAAGAUGGACACUUGUGGAAGAAAAAGACAUCCGACAUAAAGGAGAUCUACGACUUCAAGGAGGUGUUGGGAACUGGUGCAUUUUCCGAGGUUGUACUAGCCGAGGAAAAGCGAACGAGAAAGUUGGUGGCGAUAAAGUGUAUUCCGAAAAAAGCACUGGAAGGAAAAGAGAACAGCAUUGAGAAUGAAAUCGCUGUUCUUCACAAGAUUAAACACGCCAACAUCGUUUCUCUGGAGGACAUCUAUGAGAACAAGUCGCACCUUUACCUCGUCAUGCAGCUGGUGUCUGGCGGUGAGCUCUUUGACAGGAUUGUGGAAAAAGGUUUUUACACGGAGAAGGACGCCAGUAAGCUCAUCCAGCAGAUCCUGGAUGCUGUGAAGUAUCUCCAUGACAUGGGCAUAGUGCACCGAGACCUGAAGCCCGAGAACCUUCUUUAUUACAGCAUGGAUGAAGACUCGAUGAUCAUGAUCAGCGAUUUUGGCUUGUCAAAGAUUGAAGGUUCGGGGAGCGUGAUGAGCACGGCUUGUGGCACUCCUGGAUAUGUUGCUCCAGAGGUUUUGGCUCAAAAGCCGUACAGUAAAGCCGUGGACUGUUGGUCCAUCGGGGUCAUCGCUUACAUACUUUUGUGUGGCUAUCCGCCAUUUUACGACGAGAACGAUGCCAAGCUGUUUGAGCAGAUCCUGAAGGCCGACUACGAGUUUGACUCACCAUACUGGGACGACAUCUCUGAUUCAGCUAAGGACUUCAUUGUACAUCUGAUGGAAAGAGACCCGAUUCGGCGCUACACGUGUGAACAAGCACUUCAGCAUCCCUGGAUUGCGGGUGACACAGCACUGGACAAGAACAUCCAUGAGUCUGUGAGCGCUCAGAUCAAGAAGAACUUUGCAAAGAGCAAGUGGAAGCAAGCGUUUAAUGCCACAGCAGUGGUCCGGCACAUGCGUCGCCUCCAGCUGGGCACCAGUCAAGAGGGGCAGAGCCAGCUGUCACCCCAUAGCCCCUGCAGCGAGCGCCUCCUGCUGCCCGAGGGAACUGAGGAAGAAGAGGACGAGCAAAGCACCUCUCAGAGGGAAAAAAGCAGCUGCUCUGAAAGCGCUGGCGAUGGGGCGGGGCACGACAGCAUCCAGAACUGCACCUUCCACGUCCACCCGACCAGCCGGGUCUAAGCCUUUCAACCAUCCUGCUGCAACCAAUGACUUGACUGUCCCGUGUUUCUACUGGAGUCCUGCCACACCCCCAGUCUGGCCAGGAAUACUGAGUAACUUCAGAGCUUGGCCACUAGGUGGCGCCGCAGUGUAAAGAAUUCCAGGAGAGAAAGGGGGUCGCUAUGCCAACAGAGGUUACUUGUUUACAGACAGGUGAGCUUUAAGAGAGGAGAGGAGAAAAAAGAGAGAGAGAGAGUAAAAGAGAGAAAAAAAAAGUAAGUGACGCAUGCCACAGCUGCAUUAUGGGUAAUGGACUGAGAUUGGACAGUGUUUUAUCUUCUGUUUUACAAAUUCAUAAUGUCUCAUCUUUCUGUCUUGAAAAAAAAAAAGGUUUGGGGUAAGUUGUUAUUUAGGUCCAAAAUAUAUUUUGCCUCAGAGCUUUUUAGCUUGUAAACUAAAACACAAUUUCAUGUGCUACCAGCACACACACUUGUCUAAUCAUUGUUAUUACUUUUUCAUGGACAUAAUUGAGCCAAUUAAUGCUCUGCUUUUCCUGAAACCUAUCCUGAUCCUUAUUAUCACUAAACAAAAUUAAACCUUUAUAUACAUUACAUAUAUGUUUUCUCCCAGCCACAGAUUAACGGGCAUCUCCAAAAGAUAUAAAAAGAUAUAUUGUGGUUUUGUGAGCCACAGGUAAAGCUGAAUUUCUCUCCAUGCCAUGAGCAUGCAGGAAAGCAUUUUGGAUUACAUAGUUUAACAUAAAUUCUGAUUAACAUUUCAUUCAUUUGUACAGGGUUAUAUUUGUACACAUUUUGUCUAUAUUUGUGUUCUGUAUUUUUGUCCUGCAACAAACCAAGUCUGCAUCACUGUCUCAUGGAACAUUUAUUUUUUCAUGCAUCAGACACAGUCUCCAGUGCCUUUGUGGUUGCAGUUGUUCGGGUUAUUAACUCUUCAUUUUUGUCUAUUUAUUGCUGUUACGAUCUUACUGGGUGCGGGAUGCUUGAAAUGCAUAAGCUGUUCUAUUUAAUACUGCAGCCGUGCCCUGUGUAUGCAUGUGCACCGCCUUUAGAUGUGUAAUGUGUCUUUUACCAUUCAUGUAAAUGUUUUUAUAUACAACCUUCUUUUUACUCAUGGUUUUACUCAGGGGAUGAUGAUGUGUUUGGGGUUUCGAAUUAAAUGGUACAGGAUUCGCUAGUUGACAGAUAAAUCUAAUGUUAGUGUGGUGGCCUGGGAAAAACCUGUCGCCAUAGUUGAAAUCACAAAUAUUACAAAGAUUUCCUUUCCCCUCAGCAAUGCUUUCUAUCUGCUAUCCAUCUAUCUAAAUUAGACUUUUUUGGUUUAUUAAUACUGUAAAACCUUGAGAAUUUUGGGCCUUGAUGGCAACACCAUGAACAUUUCAACCCGAAUCACAAAAACAUUUAUUGUAAUUCUGUAUAUAUAACUAAAUGUAGUAAAUAUUAUAUCCUUAUUCAAAGGGUUAUCCCAGGCUGCCACACAUACAGUAUAUUUUAAUAGAGAAAAUUAUUUUUACUCUUGGACAUGGGAGGUCCUGUAAUAUUUCUAAUGCUGGUAUUGCACCACUGACCCUAUACAGAAAUUGCAAGGCAUUAAAAAAAAACUUUAUUGUA